UACGGUAGAGUGGGCGGAGCCAGGAGAAAGAUGGCGGAGCCCGUAGGUGAAGCUGAGUCGCAGGCUUCUGGGGGUCUUCGGCCCCCAGUGUGUCUGUUGGUGUUGGGAAUGGCGGGAUCUGGGAAAACCACCUUUGUACAGAGGCUUACGGGACAUCUGCAUAGCCAAGGGUCUCCACCUUAUGUGAUUAAUCUGGACCCAGCUGUACAUGAAGUACCCUUUCCUGCCAAUAUUGAUAUUCGUGACACCGUCAAGUAUAAAGAAGUCAUGAAACAGUAUGGACUUGGGCCCAAUGGUGGUAUAGUGACUUCACUCAAUCUCUUUGCUACCAGAUUUGAUCAGGUCAUGAAAUUUAUUGAGAAGGCCCAGAACAUGUCUAAAUAUGUCUUGAUUGACACACCUGGACAGAUUGAGGUGUUCACGUGGUCAGCUUCUGGGACAAUCAUCACUGAGGCCCUGGCAUCUUCAUUUCCAACAGUUGUCAUUUAUGUCAUGGACACAUCAAGAAGUACCAACCCAGUAACCUUCAUGUCCAAUAUGCUCUAUGCCUGCAGCAUCUUGUACAAAACCAAGCUGCCUUUCAUUGUGGUUAUGAAUAAAACUGACAUCAUCGAUCACAGCUUUGCAGUGGAAUGGAUGCAAGAUUUUGAGGCUUUCCAAGAUGCCCUGAAUCAAGAGACUACAUACGUCAGUAACCUCACUCGUUCAAUGAGCCUGGUGUUAGAUGAGUUCUACAGCUCACUUAGGGUGGUGGGUGUGUCUGCUGUUCUGGGUACAGGCUUAGAUGAACUCUUCACGCAAGUCACCAGUGCUGCAGAAGAGUAUGAAAGGGAAUAUCGUCCUGAAUAUGAACGUCUGAAGAAAUCACUGGCCAGUGCACAGAGCCAGCAACAGAAAGAACAACUGGAACGCCUUCGGCAAGAUAUGGGCUCCGUAGCCUUGGACACAGGGACUGCCUCUGACAGCUUAUCUCCUGCACUCGACCCUUCUGACUUGAUCCUGACUCGGGGAACUUUGGAUGAAGAGGAUGAGGAAGCAGACAGUGAUACUGAUGAUAUUGACCACAGAGUUACGGAGGAAAGCCGUGAAGAGCCAGCAUUCCAGAAUUUUAUGCAAGAAUCAAUGGCACAAUACUGGAAGAGAAACAACAAAUAGUUUCUAGAAGUUCAAACGUUUGGAACUCUGUGAAGGAACUAUUCUUACCUCUGAUUGGGGGCUACCAUAAAGGACAAUUUUGUUCAGAGUAGCAGAGUUUCUCUAAUAGGGAAAUUUGACUCAGAUGAAGCCAGGGUUAGGAGACUCUUGGACCUGGCAGGUAGAUGCCAAUUCCCCUUGGCCUUUUCCUUGGAUUUAUGCAAGGAAGGAUAUGGACUGUCUUUGGAUGCUGAUACCCCUUCAAGCCUAAAGCUUCCAGUUUUAUUGUUUGAACUUACGUACUUUUGCUGCUGAUGGAUGAAACAGAACUUAAAAUUCACUUCAAAUCUCUAUUAGGCUGGAUCUAUACUUUACUCUCCCAGCAUCUUGCCCUUGAUCCUACACCAUGAGUUCCCCUCCUUUUAGCAGAAAGGGAGAGAGAAAACAUGAGCUUGCCCAGAGUGGCAGUGGAAGUCUCCUUGGCAAUCAAUCAAUGUUGGGUAUGAAAUGUGUCUCACGUGGGGUAGCUAACAUUUUAGGACACCAGUUUGUUGAAGAAAUUGAGCAAAACAAAAGAUUAAUGAGUAAGAAUCUUGCUUUUGAUGGUGACUUGGAUAAAGAGUUUUUAAUUUUCA